UAUAGAUGAAUUCUCUCGCGUUAAUUUUUCAUGGACGUCGAUAAGGCAAGGCCAGUGAUGUUUUCGCCUUUAUGUCGAUGAACUUAUCCAUAAACAAGGAAGAAGGACCAGUUUAAUGUGUAAAUAAGGACGUGGUAGUGGUACCACCUAAAGAAAACGACGGAAGCGGCUCCAAAAUUUUAUUACAAGAAACUCGUUCCCAGCGAUUCGAACAAUUUACUGCCCAACAAAAAUCGGCGUCCUUCCCGCUGCCCACUAUCUAAUAACUUGGCAACAUGAACACCUUCUAAUUUAUUUGCAGGCAGCAUUAUGCAUUGACCUUGUACUGCCAAAAGCGAAAUAAUCAAUUUUCGCGCAAAUUUCCCUCAAAACCGAAGAAAACCACGCCGCGUCCUAUUAAUAACCGGGAAAAAUGCGCCGCGCUCAUUCGCUCCUGCACCAGAUGGACAGAUCGGCACUUUUCCGGAGAAAAACAGCGGGUCCACCGGUCGAAAAGGGCACUCGACCGAUAAGCCGGUCCAGCGAAGAAGUUCGAUGACGAAACGCCUCGCAUGGAAACCGUCAAGAUCAUUAUCACCUGCUGAUAAGCCACGACAGGUACAAAACCGACCGGAUCGCGACGUAAACUCCAUUCCUGAAAUCACACACGGACGGUGGACCUCGCGCUUUGCGGUAAUUAAUAAAAAGUGUGCGGUGUUGUGUCGAUGUAUAGUGGCGGACGAGCGUCCAGCGAAAUGGGUCUUCCCGGCUGCAAAUGGUUCGUUAUAAGUGUGUGCUGUAUGACGGGGAUUUAUGGCUACAGCAUACGGCCGAUAGACGAGAAUGGACAACCCAUCAAUCUAGACAGGGAUUUUUUGUUCACCUAUGACACCAGACAAUUCCUAGACAGUUUCGAAGACAGAGAAAAGGAAAUGGUCGACGGUUCCAAAUUCGAAGCCACCAAACCUCCAGGUGCUGAUGACGCUGAAAAUCGAAUGUUUUUGUUUUUCGUAAACAACGAUAAAUACACUGGAGGCGACAGCACGUCCACGCCUCUGGACUCGUGGUCGGUGGUGUGGUACAUCGCCUCCUUCGGGGGCCUGAUCGUGUUCUUCCUCAUCGUGUCGUGUUCGGAGUGGUGUUGCCGGCGGGCGCUCCGCAACAGCCAGAGCUGCGGCAGGAGCGCGCCCGCCGCCGCCGCCCCCAGCGUGCCCGACACGCCGCCCCCGUCCUACGACCAGUUCGCUCCGCCCUCGUACGAGAGUAUCUGUCUGGGGCGGAACGGCAGGGGCGGCGAGAAGAGCGAGUACGACAUCUACGUGGUUCCUGUCCACGCUUUUGGUACUAUCAUGGAAAGCAGACAGGAAGAUGCGCCCCCGUCUUACUUCAGCGCCUCCGGUCGCAGCUUUGUUCCAGCUGUGACGGAAAGUAAUCAAGUGUCGCGAGUGACGUGAAAAACGAGCGAGUUUAUUGCUUGAUAAGGAAUCUGAAGGCAAUAAUGAAUGAUUGUUCCGGUUGAGAAACGUACCAAAUAUGAGAUUAUUGUAGUGUUGGGGCGCCGAUCACGUUGUGAUAUUCUAGUGAUAGGAGGAAGUAUUACGGACUUGAUGAGCCAUGAGAUUCUCAGGGUGUAGAGUUGACUCGAAACAGUAUUACUUUAUUACCCAAAACUUGUGCCUUAUUUAUUUAAGUCUACUUAAGCAUAAGACUGUCGGAGUAGAUUAAGUUUUGUACCUGCCUGUAGAUAAUUUAUUUAUACGUCUCUUGUAUUCCUCUUGUGAUAUUGUUUGUGUAAAGUGACGCCAGUUGAAGCACUGACCACUGUAUUGUUCUAGACUAGGUGAUAAAUAAAACGAAAACAAUCUAAGCAAACAUUUUAAUUAUUACGGUUAUGACGAAAAAUCUUCCAUGCCCAACUGUUAAUGCAAUUUAAAUUUAUUGUGCAUUCCAAUCGCACAUUAGACUCAAGGUAAGGCUGGAGUACGAGUCGUUUGUGCAAAUUUGUACAAGUUCUAUAUUUGUGUUCAGACAAAGAUAAGUUCGGUCCUGUGAGAAAAAUAAAACUGUUAAUUAAAUUAGCGACUUAUCUCGUAAUGACGUCCCCAUUCCAACUAAUAAAUCAAAUCUUGUUCCGGAUUUACUGAUUUAUUGCCGAUCAAAAGCUGAGGAAAAUACCGAUGUGGACAAUUUUACACACUCUUGACAUUGAAUUACGGAACGUUGAGUAAUCAAGCGAGAAAACAAAAUUACAUAAAAUUCGACACAAUCUACCUACUCAUUGAUACCCCACAAUGAUGCAAGAUAUGAUUUCACGUCGAGUGUUUGUCACGUUUACAACAUUUUAUUACUCCGUAAACGUCCACAACAAAUAACACAGUCAUUAUUCCGACUGGCUAUUGGUCUAUAAAGAUAACACGGAAUAAAAAGAUUACAACCAACAAAGAAAAAAUAAAACAAACUAGGUCGCAAAAUAAAAGAAUGCGCCAAACAUUUCCAAACAAAGUAGCGAUAAAAAUUAAAAUGAUUAGCCCUGAGCUGGGGGUCAAUUUUGUGAUUGGACAAUAAAAUUAAUAGGUAUGUACGUGACAACUAAAAUGGGAACUUAAUGUUUGCGUUUUUAAUUGAAAAAUAACUGAACAUUUUGACUUAUCGCAGUUGAUGGCCUCGGAACAAGCACCAAAGAAUUUUUAUUUUAUAAGUGUUUUCGAAGUAAAAAAAGAGUAAUAAUUAUUACACAAAAAUAUUUUGGGCGCCAGGCUAUCAACUGUGAUAAAAAGUGUAAAAAACUGAUUUGUUAGUUGCUAUCUCUAAAGAAAAAUAUAAACAAUUUUUCACGUCAGGUGCUAAGUGCAAUACUUAAAACAAUAACGCGAAGCCUUGGACCUGUAGUCGUAAAAAUAUUGUCGGUAUUGUAAAAUAAAAUUUACAUUUAUUAGUACUACUAUAGUUUAGUUUUAACAAGUUUUAGUAUUUUCGAAAAAGUUUCAAAAAUUAUAAUUCUAAACAACUUCCUAGCCAAAAACAUAUUGAAAUUUAAAUUAUUUUUUGUGUUUUUGAUUUAUGAUAUAAUGUAAUGAAUGCAGUUUUCAAAUGAAUAAAUAUUUUGGUCAUUUCA